UGCUCAGACAGGCGCGGGCGACACCUUUGACCCAGGCCGGGCGCCGUAGUCAGCUGGAGCGCGGGCCGUGAAGCAUUGUGGGAGAAGAUGGCGGCCGCCUUUCGCCCGCGGGUUGUCGGGGCCCUGCCAAUGUCACGUUCUGCCGUUGCUGCAGUAGGCACCUCUGUGUUUCCUGGCCCAGCCCGUCGCCACCUCCAUCAUGCUGUCAUUCCUCAUGGGAAAGGCGGGCGCUCCUCAGUCAGUGGGGUGGUGGCCACUGUGUUUGGAGCUUCAGGCUUCUUGGGUCGCUACGUUGUCAACUACCUUGGACGUAUGGGGUCACAGGUGAUCGUGCCUCAUCGCUGUGAAGCCUAUGACGUCAUGCAUCUUCGUCCCAUGGGCGAUCUGGGCCAGAUUCUCUUUCUGGAGUGGAGCGGGAGAGACAAAGACUCCAUACGGCAAGCAGUGGAGCACAGCAACGUGGUCAUCAACCUGGUUGGGCGUGACUGGGAGACCUCAAACUUUGAUUUUGAGGAUGUGUUUGUGAAGAUUCCCCAGGCAAUUGCUCAAGUGUCCAAGGAAGCUGGAGUGGAAAAACUGAUCCAUGUCUCACAUCUGAAUGCUGAUAUUAAAAGCUCUUCUAGAUACCUGAGAAACAAGGCUGUUGGAGAGAAAGAAGUGAGAGAUGCAUUUCCGGAAGCCACUAUCAUAAAGCCAUCAGACAUCUUUGGAAGAGAGGAUAGAUUCCUGAACCAUUUUGCAAAUUUUCGUUGGUUUGGUGGGGUACCUCUUAUCUCCUUGGGUAAGAACACGGUGAAACAACCAGUAUAUGUUGUGGAUGUGUCCAAAGGAAUUGUUAAUGCAAUUAAGGAUCCAGAUGCCAAAGGGAAAACCUUUGCUUUUGUUGGGCCAAACCGGUACCUCCUGUUCGACCUGGUGCAGUACAUCUUCGCUAUGACGCACAGGCCGUUCGUCCCCUACCCCUUGCCACAUUUUGCCUUUCAACUGCUAGCGAAGCUCUUUGAGAUUAGCCCGUUUGACCCCUGGACAACGAAGGACAAAGUGGAGCGGAUUCACAUCACAGACAUGACAUUGCCUCACCUGCCCGGCUUAGAAGACCUUGGUAUUCAGGCGACACCCCUGGAACACAAGGCCAUCGAGGUGCUACGGCGUCAUCGCACGUACCGCUGGCUGGCUUCUGAAAUUGAGGACGUGAAGCCACCCAAGACCGUCAACGUUUAGUGCCCUGAGCAGCCCUUGGGUUUUGGUGCUACUCGGGUCUCCUGGCUAGUGAGCCUACGUCCGUUAAAGAAUCCUGUACAUAGUGAGAAAGAUUCCUCAUUAAAACAUGUGAAGCUAAAUUCUG